AUGGACGAUUUAUCCAAACUGCGAAAGAAAAUUACCAAUGCAUUUAAGCUAAGUGGAUUUUUAAUACGUUCCGAAAACAGCAUCUUCUUGGCAGAACAAUUGGCCCCCUUCGAUGACAAUGAACGAGAAAAAUGGCUGACGAUUAUUACCGAAAAUCUACAAAGUCAACGUUUGAAAUCGGCUCAUGUCGAAAGAGCCGCUCUGGAAAAGGCCAUCAAUGAAAUAAAUCGUGUCGGCCUGGAUGAGGGUGAAUCAGUUUUCUCGGUGAUUGAUGCCUUCUCGGUGCCACGUUAUAUUUAUAACAAGCAAAAUAAAAAAUUCGAAUUAGAUUCGGAACACCGGUCAUUGUUGGCUAAGACCACAAUGAAGUCGGGACAAAUGAGGCAGCGCUACGAGAUGUUAUUACAAAAGACAUUGCGUCAUGAACUAUUUGCUCCGGCUGUAAUUGAGAAUGGGGUAUCGGCUGAGUCGCGUGCCAAGAAGUUUAAGUUGCUCUAUUGUGAGAAUCUCUUGUCGAAUUCUGUGGUCGAAGAGGCUGUCGUGUUGGGUUUGCUAACACAAUUAAAAGAGGGUAAAUUUUUCAUUGAAGAUCCUACGGGUAGUGUGGAACUUGAUUUGAGUGGAGCCAAAUUUCAUGCUGGUUUCUUUUGUGAGGGAUGUUUUGUGUUGGCAGAGGGUUCCUAUGCGGGAGAGGUUUUGAAAGUGGAUGGCUUGGGUUUCCCACCAGCAGAACCAGCCGCAAGUAGCCGUGCCUUUUUCGGCACCCAAAACAGCUGGGGAGGUGAAUCCACAAAACUCUUGAAAUACUCCGCCAGACUGCAAGAAUUGGAGAGGUCCAAUACGGAAGCCACCAUUGUCUUUUUAUCGGAUGUACGUUUGGACAUGCCUGUGGUUAUGGAAAAACUUCGAAUGCUUUUUGUUGGCUAUGAUUCCUGUCCGCCGGUGGCCAUCGUUUUAAUGGGUCCUUUUGCUGCUUCGGAAAGACAACAUCAUGCCUUGAAACAUCAUCUCAACGCUUUAGGAGCCUUGGCCAAUGGCUGUGAGCAAUUGAAAAAACAAACAGAACUCAUUUUAAUUCCCUCAAGUGAAGAUCCAGCAGCACCGAAUAUAUUCCCCAGAUCAGCCAUACCCAAAACCUUAGCAGCCGGUUUGCUAAAGCAGUGGCCACGUACACGUUUAGCCACCAACCCAUGUCGCCUACAGUACUGCACACAGCAAAUUGUUGUUUGUCGUUUGGACCUGAUGGCGAAAUUUUGUCGUAACACAUUACAUUUUCCACCAGAUACCUCAAAAAUUGAACAACAUUUUGCCCGUACUUUGAUAUGUCAGGGUCAUUUGACACCCAUACACCCGAUUGCUAUGCCUGUGCAUUGGGAUUAUGAUGCCGCUUUGUGGCUCUAUCCAUUACCCGAUCUAAUUGUUAUUGGUGAUUCGUGUCAGAGUUUUUCCACUUCCCAACAUGGUUGUACGGUUUUGAAUACCGGUUCGUUUGUUAAAUCGAAAUUUGCGUUUAAAGUUUAUAUACCGCACACUAAGACCAUCGAAGAUUCAGAAAUACCAGACGAUAUGGAAGAGUAA